AGUCCCGGGCUGAAGGAGGCGUCUCCGGGCGACGCGGGGCGCUGGUGGCGGGUCCCGGCUGCAGCGUGUGUGUGCCCGCCGGCUGCUCCGGAGACGCGAUCUUAUAGAAAAUUUCAGUUGUAGCCCUUGGACUAGAAGCUGAAAUAAUAGAAGCUGUGUAUGAUGCAUUAGGGUAUUGAAGAAAAUUAAUUUUUGAAUUGAAUAUUUGGAAUAUAAGGAAGAAAAGGUGACUGAAAAUGGGGCGGAAGAAAAUACAAAUCACACGCAUAAUGGAUGAAAGGAACCGACAGGUCACCUUUACAAAGAGAAAGUUUGGAUUAAUGAAGAAAGCCUAUGAACUCAGUGUGCUCUGUGACUGUGAAAUAGCACUCAUCAUCUUCAACAGCUCCAACAAGCUGUUCCAGUACGCCAGCACCGACAUGGACAAGGUCCUUCUCAAGUACACCGAGUACAACGAGCCUCACGAGAGCAGAACCAACUCGGACAUCGUCGAGGCUCUGAACAAGAAGGAACACAGAGGGUGCGACAGCCCAGACCCUGAUACUUCCUAUGUGCUAACUCCACAUACAGAAGAAAAAUAUAAAAAAAUUAAUGAGGAAUUUGAUAAUAUGAUGCGGAAUCAUAAAAUCGCACCUGGUUUGCCGCCCCAGAACUUCUCCAUGUCGGUGACGGUCCCUGUGAGCAGCCCUAACGCUCUGUCCUACACUAACCCAGGGAGCUCACUCGUGUCCCCAUCUUUGGCGGCCAGCUCCACAUUGGCAGAUUCAAGCAUGCUCUCUCCACCUCAGGCCGCACUGCACAGGAACGUGUCCCCUGGCGCCCCGCAGAGACCGCCGAGCACCGGCAGUGCAGGUGGGAUGUUGAGCACGUCAGACCUCACAGCGCCGAACGGAGCUGGAAGCAGCCCAGUGGGGAAUGGAUUCGUAAACUCGAGAGCUUCUCCCAAUUUGAUUGGAGCUGCUGGUGCAAAUAGUUUAGGUAAAGUCAUGCCGGCCAAGUCUCCCCCUCCUCCAGCCGGUGGUGGUCUUGGAAUGAACAGUCGCAAGCCAGACCUUCGAGUCGUCAUCCCUCCUUCCAGCAAGGGCAUGAUGCCUCCACUGUCGGAGGAAGAGGAGUUGGAGCUGAACCCGCAGCGGAUCAGCGGCGCUCAGGCCCCCCAGCCGCUGGCCACGCCGGCCGUGUCGGUGGCGACGCCCAGCCUGCCCCCGCAGGGGCUGCUGUACUCGGCAGUGCCCGCCUACAGCUCCGACUACUCGCUGAGCAGCGCGGACCUGUCGGCCCUGCAGGGCUUCAGCCCCCCGGGCGUGCUGUCCCUGGGGCAGGUGUCGGCCUGGCAGCAGCACCACUUAGGACAAGCAGCCCUCAGCUCCUUGGUUUCUGGAGGGCAGUUAUCUCAGGGUUCGAAUUUAUCCAUUAACACCAACCAAAACAUCAACAUUAAGUCAGAACCAAUUUCACCUCCCCGGGAUCGAAUGACCCCGUCCGGCUUCCAGCAGCAGCAGCAGCAGCAGCAUCAGCAGCAUCCCCCGCCGCCAACCUCGCAACCCCCCCAGCCCCGGCAGGAAAUGGGGCGCUCCCCUGUGGACAGCUUGAGCAGCUCGAGCAGCUCCUACGACGGCAGCGACCGGGAGGAUCCACGGGGGGACUUCCACUCCCCGGUGGUGCUGGGCCGACCCCCGAACACUGAGGACAGGGAGAGCCCGUCUGUGAAGCGGAUGCGCAUGGACGCCUGGGUGACCUAAGGCUGCUGGUUGGCCCUGCUGCAGUGAACUGCCCUGCGUGUCUAGAUGGGUCGGUAAGGACAUGAGGUAAAGAUAUUUAUAUGUACACACAUACAUACAUACAUGUCCCUUCACAUAUGUAUGUAUGUGGGUGUGAGUGUGCGAGUGUGCGUGUUGCAUACACAGAAUCAGGCACUUACCUGCAAACUCCCUGUCAAUCUGCAGGUGUGUGUCCCGUGGCAAACCAAGCACCCUGUAGGCAGAGUCUAGUCUGACACUUCCUUGGACUACUUGUUUCCUAAGAUACCCAGUUUUUGCAGAGAAGCGUGUACCCAUAGAUAAUUCUCCCACACUAGUGUGCAGAAACUGAGGCCUACUUGUUUCAUUUAACUGUGCGGUGACUGUCGUACUUGAGAAAAGUGCUUUGUAGAACAGAGCAGUAGAAAGCAGGAACCAGAAAGCAAUACUGUACAUAACACAUCAUUUAUAUUAACCACCCAACCUGGCAUGGGUCUCUUUUGCAAAGGGGUGCAUGGUAAAGGGCUGUUGAUGAUUUAAAAAAAAAAAAAAAAA